AUGGCCGAAAAUCAGACGCCAGGACGCGCCUUGUCCCCAGACGAAGCCUGGAGAGCGAAUAUCGACGAGAUUGACAGCGCUCUCCACAAGCUCCCGACAAGACCCUACGCAGCCUACAUUCAGGCUGCGCAUGGAGCCGGAAAGAGUACAAGCCUCUUGUUGUACGCCAUGUCCGCCAUCAUCAAGGCCAAUCCCAACGCGAGGAUCGUAUACGUCAUUGACUCGGGCUUUGAGAUGCCCAUCAUCAUCAACUACCUUGAGCGCCAUGCGAUGGAAGACUAUGGAGGAGCCUGUGUUGGAGACUUUGAUCCAGAGAUGGUCUUGACAAUUUGCACCUAUGAGCAAUACAUUGACAACUCCGUGCGGCGCCAAUGGGUGCCGGACGAGCAUUGUCCGAUUGUUGUCUUGUCCGAUGUGCCGCUUCGACCUUCGGUACAUGCAGAGGUCUUUUUCACCCUGCUCAUGGAGCAGGUUACAAAGGACUCUGGAAAUGGCAUGAGCUGCAUGUUUCUCGCAGCGCAAUUCUCAAGGCGCACAAUAGACCUUUUGCGAAAUGUCUUUCAAGAUGACUUGGCCAUUGUUCAAGUCCCAGACAUCAACCCAGAGGUCAAAAUGAUCCUCAUGGGAGUGGAUGAUGUCAAGAAGCAGAUCGCUGCCCGGCAGCGAGACCAGCCAGAAUCAUCCGUGGUGAUCUUGAGUGUGCCGCGCCCGUCCGAGUUUGCAAUGGGGAAGCAGCAUGAGUUGAAUCCAACCAAGGAUUCACCUCAAGACAUUGUGGAUGGAAACUAUGAUGCCAUUGCCACCACUUGCGCAGCACCCUCAUUUCCCAUGCCAAAUGUGGGCGUGGUGGUAUCAUCUGGGACUCAUGAGUUGAAGUUGUGGGACACGCGAUCAAGUCAGAUUGUGACCAUGACCAAGCUCAUUUCAAUGACUGAUUUCGACCGCCAAAAGUCGUGGUUAAUCAAGGCAGGAAAUACAGACCAGACUGAAUUUUACUGUCUAUCAUCAGAGUCGCAUAUCAAAAAGUCCCGAGCACUGGACGAUCCCUGGAGCCCAGCAUUCAACGAGGAUAUCAUGUGGACCAUGCUGACACUAUGCUCUCUCAACAGCAAGGUGUUUGAUAUGAAGAUACGGACCAUACCCGAUUGCUUUGCCGUACACGAGGUCAUGAGACGUCUAGUGGUCAUGAAAUGUAUCCAGGACAGUGGUUCUGGGUACUAUCCUGUCACGAGCAAGGGAAGGUUUGCGCUGGAACUACGAUCCAAGUAUGCGCAUCAUGAUCUUGACAUUCAUACGGCAAUGCUGCUUGCCAGGACAAGGAACAAGAAUUUGCCAACCAAUGUCAGGCGAGUCAUGAUUCGUUUGGCAUUCAUCAUCAUGUGUGGUGUUGGCUCGGCUUACUCAUGUCUGCGGGAAAACGUACCGACGCAUAGGAUCCUAGAAGGAAUCCAGCAGCAUUGUGAGGGUGUUGGUCUCGAUCAAGCCGGCAAGGGUCCUGUUUGGAUUAUUCUUGGGUUGUAUCUCAAGGCAAUGGAGACGGGCGAAGCCGUCAGAGAAGAGCCAUACAUGUUCUGUGGCACGGAAUUCUCACUGCGCCUUGAUUUCGUGCGUGACGUGCAUGCCCAUGUGCACGAAUUUGAAGCUCUCGUCAACAUUGACCGUAUUGACACUGCCGAGGAGGUGCACAUGACCAUGCUGUCGGCUUCAGAAGUCGUCAAGGUAGAAGAGCAGCUCGUGCUCUGCUACGCAAGUCGUGUCAUGUGUAUCGCGACCAAGACUGAUGCAGUGUACGAUGCUGCCUCGAAUCAACCAUUGGAAUAUGACGACGAUGAGCUUCUCGAUAUCGGGAAGUUGACACGGAACCCCGUGAACAGGGAUUUGGGCGCAAUCUUUGCGAUUUAUCUAGACUUGGUUCAAGUUUCAAAGGUUCCUUCAGGGAGGCGUGUUCUCAACGCCAAGAACCUCAUUUACAUUCCUCAGCAUGUAUUUCAGAUUUUCGGGCAGACUCACGGCACUGAGUGGCCAAAAGCCAUUGCCACAUCGUACCCUCUGCACUGA